UGGUGCUGAGGCUGACUGCACUGUAAGCUGACCGAAAAAUGGCGAUUUGGAGUUCUCUUGCACGCUCUUCGCAGUUUUCAGGGAUAAUUAGUACUGUUUUGCGAGGCCAGACUUCUAAAAACAUUGGUAAAAAUGCAUUGGUGCAGGUUCGAGCGAUGUCUGGAGGCCAUCGGACAUUUAAUAUAACUCCUAGUCGUUUCCAAUGGCAUAAAUUCAAAGAUAUGUUUCAUUAUUACAUUAUGGUUGGUCUAAUUCCCGUCCUCGCAGUGGUCUUCUACACCAACGUUUUUAUUGGCCCAGCACAACUCACGGAAAUACCUGAGGGUUAUGUACCAAAACACUGGGAGUACCAUCAGCAUCCAAUUACACGUUUUAUUGCACGCUACAUAUUGGAUAACCCGCAGCAAGAUUACGAAAAAAUGUUGCACUUCUUGUAUGAAGAAAGCGAACGAAUGCAAAUUCGUGCUUUGGAACAACAAAUACGAGACAAAAUGGCUGAACGAAACGAUUACCAGUCUUAUUACUACCGCCCGGCUUUGGGCAAAUAUCAUCGUGUGGCGAAGGAGGCGGCAGAUCAUCUAGAAUCGCUCCGUGGUGAUUAAUCUACGCUAUCUAUAAUGCGAUUCUGUUGUUUUCAAUAAAUAGUUCCAAAGGAAUAUGCUGUAUGGCAGUACCAUAUUGUAGCCAUUUCAGAAAUAAACUUAAACCCAUUUUCAAGGAUUAGAACGUCUCUGUAAUAU